AGUCACACCAGGAGAGGGACUUAGUGGCACAGAUAGCCGGACACACUAUCCCUUGUCCUUUUCCAGUGAGAGCCCCUCAUCCCUGCAAGGAUGGAGAGCAGGAGCCUGCUUGCCAUGUGCUUUCUGAUGCCCUUCUUGUGCCAGUUGCAUUGCUUAAUGGUUUGGGAUGAGAAUUCUCCAGAAACCCCGGUGUUCUUUCCCUGGAGACAGCGAGGCAGAGGGACUGGCAAGGGACACCGGGUUAAAAGAGCCUGGGUGAUUCCACCAAUUAGCGUGCCUGAGAACUUCAGGAGGAUUCCUAUGCUUCUCGUACAGCUGAAAUCAGACAAACAGCACCAUGGCAGUGUCAUAUACAGCAUUAAAGGGCCAGGGGUGGAUGAAGAACCUCGGGGAAUCUUUACUAUCAACAAAAACACAGGGGAGGUUUACCUCAAUGCCGUUCUGGACCGUGAGAAGAUCGAGCGAUUCAAGCUUGAAGCAUUUGCAGUGGACGAAGGAGGAUCAACGCUAGAGGACCCCACUAAGUUAGAGAUUGUAGUCUUGGAUCAGAAUGACAAUCGUCCAGUGUUUGUGCAAGAAGAGUUUACUGGGCGUCUGCUGGAGGGAGCCAUACCAGGUACAUUUGUUCUCAAAGUAGAAGCCACUGAUGCAGAUGAUCCAAGGACAGACAAUGCUGAACUUAGAUACUCCAUAAUCCAGCAGGAAGCUCCAGAAAUGUUCAGUAUAAACCAGAAUACAGGGGAGAUCAGAACUGUUCAAGUAGGACUGGAUAGAGAGGUAGUUGGAUCGUACAAUUUAACUGUCCAAGUGGCGGAUAUGAUAGGGGAAGGGCUAACCAGCACUGCCAGAGCUAUUAUCAUCAUUGAGGACAUCAAUGACAACCCUCCAGAAUUUAUGCAGGAGUUCUCCAUGGAGGUGCCAGAGAAUAAAAGCAAUUUGGGCAUCGGGAGGGUGAAUGUUACAGACAAAGACCUCCCUGGCUCUGUCAACUGGAGGGUGCGCUACUUCAUCACCAAAGGAGAUUCCAAACAAGCGUUUUCUAUCCAGACUGAUCCACAAACAAAUGAGGGAAUAUUGUUUCUAAUCAAGCCUCUGGACCAUGAGGAGCAAGAAUUCUAUCAGUUGACAAUAUCAGCCGAGAACGAGGCCAAGCUCAGCCCCUCAGCUCCCCGUCCUACUCGCUCCCAAACCCAAGUGAACAUCACUGUGAAAAACCUAAAUGAGCCUCCAGUUUUCUUGGAGAACCCCAAGGUGGUGAGAGUGAAAGAGAGGCUGGCUGCAGGGAGUGAGAUCACUGUAUAUACAGCAGUUGAUCCAGAUAACAAGCUAACACAAAAGAUCAGAUAUUCUCUUGUGUCUGAUCCCGCAAAUUGGUUAAGUCUGGAUGAAAAUUCUGGGCAGCUCCGUGCAAGAUACUUACUAGACAGAAAGUCUCCUUUCCUACAGCGGGGAUGGUACACGGCUCUGAUUGCUGCAACUGACAAUGCUGUCCCCCCACUGAGUUCUACUGGGACACUGUCUGUGGAAGUGCAGGAAGUAAAUGAUCAGGCCCCCGUCCUCCUGUCACACUCUGGUGAUUUGUGCAAGAAUUCCCAACAAGGCAACGGGAUGCUGCUACUGAGUGCCACUGAUGAGGAUUUGCCCCCACAAGCCCAUCCAUUCCACUUUCAGCUGGACCCAUCAUUCACAGAGCUGACAAGUAACUGGAGUCUAAGCCCUGUCAAUGAUACUCAUGCGUUACUCCAGCUUAUGGCAGAUGUGCAAGAUGGUGUCUAUACACUGCCCCUCUGGGUGUCUGACUCAGGGAACCCUCCUCUUGCUCAAGUCCAGUUCCUGAAUGUGUCUGUGUGCCUGUGUGAUGCUCUGGGUACCUGCAAGGGUAAUGCUGUGGCUCUGUUUGGCUCUGGAACAGGAAUAAGCCUCACCGCUCUCAUCAUCAUCAUGAGCAGCAUCGCCCUCCUGUUGGUGUUGGUUCUGUUACUGCUCCUGUUCCGCUGCUCCCGGCCCGGCCAUGUACACAAGGGCCUACUCGCUGACUCUGAGGAUGAUGUCAGAGAUAAUAUUUUUAACUACGAUGAGCAAGGUGGAGGAGAAGAAGAUCAGGAUGGUUAUGACAUGAUGCGGCUUAGGAACCCUGGGUUGUCAGUUCCUCCUUCCCCCAGGCUGAAACCACCAAUCCGCAGGGAUACCCCCUACAACCAGACUUUACCUCGCUACCCACGCAGACCAACUGAUCGCCCUUCAGAUAUAGCAGACUUUAUACAGGAUGUAAGUGUCUCUCCUACCUUAACAAUUAUACUCAUGUCUCCAGGCCAUAAUAACAGCACGUUCUUCAUAUAUCUCUACAGGGACUGCAAGCUGCUGACUCAGACCCGAGUGCUCCCCCAUACGACACAGCUCUCAUUUAUGACUAUGAAGGGGAGGGAUCGGUGGCUGGAACUCUCAGCUCCAUUUUGUCCAGUGAAGAUGACAGUGACCAGGAAUAUGACUAUUUGCAUGAAUGGGGGCCGCGAUUCCGCCGGCUGGCAGACAUGUAUGGCCACCAAUGAGCCUCCUAGAAUCCAGAAGAGACUGCUAUAA